CUGCAAAUUACAGAGCAUUAGAAUUCACCAAAACAAAUAAAAAUAAACUGCUUGAUCCAGCCUUUUAUUAUUAUUUGAGUUUGCGACCAAUCAGUUGAACACAGGUAUCGUACAGCAACAAUACUACCAUAACUAAACAUAGGGAUAUUCUCUGAAUAUCCAAAGACAAGGCAAUAAAUCAUAUAUGAUGUGUCUCGAUAAACAGCCUUUACAGCCGUGACCAUGGCCUUUGUUGAACUUUUCUGUCUCUUUACUCUAUAGCAUGGAGAAGCUAGAGCCAUUAGUUUUGGCUCAAACUAAUACUGGUACUCCAAGGGUUCCCGAAACGUAAACUCUAAUCUCACUUUUAUAAACUAACAUUUUGUGCCCCCCGGGACAAAUGGAACCAUUAGGCAGAUGCAGAGAUCUUCAUAUCAUAUUGCCUUAACCAUUGACUAAUUAAUCCAGUGCUAACUUUUGGAGGACUUGAAGCACCAACAAGAGUGCAUCAGCACUAGAAAAUGGGUUCAACGUUCAUCUUAACUUGAUCCCUCUAGAGUCAAAAGUUGGAUCCAUAUUGUUUUCACUACCUCCAACUUAUCUGAAAAGCUGGAGUCAAGAGUUUGGUGAAACCCCUGGUAAAUAAAGUUCGGAAGCAAAACCAACAUAUCUUAAACAUAAUGGUUAUGUAAAAGUGGAUCGAACUUUCAUCAGGCAGUUUUGGAGAGGAAAAGUCUAGACUAUGGCAGCAAGUCUAUAAGAUGAAACUUAUUAUUGUACAAAUGCUGCUAAAACAACAAGUCACAUCCUUCUAAAGACCAAUGAAUAAGGUGCAAAGCUUGAUUCUGUAUGUGCAAUAAUUGUCUGACAUUUUCCAUCACUUUCCCACUUUUCUUUAAUGAAAUGAUGAGCAAGUCUUUUGCGUAUUCGCCUUUUAAAAUAGCUUUUGGGUCACUCUCAUCAUCUUCAUAUCUCAAAUACGGCCUUUCCAUCGAGAGACCACGUCUUGGUGGAUCCGUCUAUAUAUAUCAUUCCACCCCUUUCCUCGUCACCUCCCAAUUCCAAGCUUGCUACACUUUUUCUUCUUUCUGCAAAAUUGCAACUAGUUAGCCUGCUAACUUUUGUGCACCAUGGGCAUGGCUGAUAAGAGCUUGGCGAAGAGGAAGGCUGGGCUGAUCACCAAGACGCUGGAUAGGUGCUGGAGCACACCAAUGAGGAACAAGCCUGCAGAGGGCUGUUUCUCUGUCUACGUCGGUGCUGGGAGGCAGCGGUUCGUGGUGCGGACAGAGUGCGUGAACCACCCGCUGUUCCGGGCGCUGCUCAAGGAGGCCGAGGAGGUGUUUGGGUACGCAGACGCAGGGCCCCUUGAGCUACCCUGCAACGCCGAGGCGUUCGCCGGGGUGUUGGAGCAGAUCGAGGAGGAGAAGCAGAUGGCGGGGGGAAGGAGGUGCGGCCUUGUCAGGGGGAAAUCCUACCGGCUGCUUGGCACUGGUCAGGCUGUCAUCAUCGACCGGUCGUAGCAUAUGCAUUGGAUUGGAUGAUGCCGAGUUGAUGAGCUCUGAGUUUUGUUGAGCUCGCAUUCUGGGACUAUCAUGUACACAUUUGGAAGCAACCUUAGCAUUCCCAAGUAUGGUAAACAACAUCAGCAUAUACUGGGCAAAUGAGAUACUUUUCUUUCUUCUUCUUUUUCUAUUUUGCAUUUUUUGUGAGAAGGCAAUGUUAGAUUUUGAUUUGUUUUCCCCUCCUAAGUUGUAUUAUCUGUCGGUGGAAGUGUUAUACAGAUAUAUAAAGAAUCUAUAAGUUUUUUAUGCCCAUAUAUGGCAUCAUGUUGCAAUUCCGAAGUAGAAUCGCGCAGUUCGAUUCAUCUCGCACUAAUUGCAAGUGGUUUGGAUCAAAUUACGCUAAGAUACACCUAUAGUGUUUUUCCACAGACCUUCUCUUAAGCAAGCAUCCACUAAUUUGCUAUCCAAAUCUGUUUGAAUUACAUUUACACACUGGAUUACAGAGCCUCAACUCAUAUGACAAUUUUUUAAAUCUCAAAGCACCGAAACAUGUUUGCCGACUAGACACAGGGCACACUGAAUGGAGGUAUGGCAUCAAUUAGUCAAGUGAAAUAAAUCAACAAAAACUAACCACAAAAAAUGGCCACAAAUGGGAAAAGUCGUUAUGUUGAUAUGGUUAAAAAGUAGACGAAAAACAAAUGAGCAGCAGUGUAGUAGAUGAAGUAAUCAGGAAGAUAUAUCCAUUGAUUGAUCGAAUAAAUGAUUAUUUGGCAUCUAUAAGGAUCAGUAUAUCUAAUGUCUCGGAAAUGGAAAAGGGCUAAAAUAAUGUUAGUUUAAUACAUUUGGUUGGAUUGAUCCCCAGGUACAUAAAUUUAUUCAAGACAAAGCUAUAGAAUUAGUGCAUUAAUGUCAAUAGUAGCA